GGCGGGGUUUGGUGACGUUGCAGGACGCGGGGAGGACCCUCACCGACACACGAUUUCGACACGAAAAACACCCUCCGGAGAGCAGCGACGCGCAGCUGACUUGUCCCCCACCCGAAGACACAUCGCGAUCAGUAGAGGCACAAACAUGAUUGGGAAGAUUCUUUCUCAUCUGCUCUGGAACGCCGAGGACGACUUUGGGGCAACGACAGACACCAAUGUGGAGCUGAUGGAGUUUGAGGAGGGAGGCUGGGUCAUCGUCGUCCCAGCUUCUACCGGGAUGAAAACGGAUGUGUUUGAGCUGGGACGCGUCGCUCGCACGGCGGGCGGGCUGCUGAUGACCGAGCACCCCAGCACGUCUGUCUACCAGAUGAGACGCGGGACGCAGGAAGAACAAGUCCCUCCGAGGGGCGCGUCCAGGCCGGCGGCGGUGAGACGGCGUCUGGCGGCCUGGGGCGUCCCGCUACCCUGCGGCGCCCAGCGGCUGGCGGUCCAGAGGGCGAGGACCCGGGCGGAGCGGAAGCAGCUGAGCCGCGCGGCCCUCCACAGGCAGAACCUGGCCGGCAUGCGGUCGUCCCCGGGAGGGAGACGCCGCGGCUCCUACGAGCGUCUCCGCAGCCGCUGAAACCGGAGCGAGACGAGCGCUUUGACUCUCGGCUCACAUGCGCGUCCAGCGGCGGCUUGUGAACAUGAAACCAUAUUAUAUUCUGUAUUUGUCGGGUCAGUAACAAGUUGACACUGGUACAAAAAUAUGAAACAUUUCAAACUAUUCUCCAAACGGAUGGAUCCAUUAGGUUGGAUAAACGCAGGCCGCGCAUGUUAGAUGUGGCGAGUAUUAUAACGGUCAGUCAGCAGGAUUCAGGCUGUGUGAGAAACUGCUUAAGGAAUAAUUAGAAAAGAACGCAUUUGGUCCAUUUCCCCCACAAGCAGGUUGGUUCUCAUUUUAUUCAUUUGACACAUUGUUAAUUGAGUGCUAAUACAGUUUUUCUAUUUGGUGUUAUUAUAAAAUGUCAAAGAUGAUAAACAUGUUUUCUUAAGGUGGAAUGAGUGAAACGUGGCCCCGCGCACAGUUGUAGUACAAGUACACGUCUUUCAGGCGGCGUUCCCUCGUGUCCGGAGGCCGCGUACCUUUCCCAUGAACCUCUUCACUUGCUCCGGGUCGACGGCGGCGGCCCAGCGGCCUCCCUCCUUGAAAUGAGAGCCGAUGAUCAUCCCGCUCGCAUGGAGGUAGCGCUCCACGUUGUCGUAGGUCACUCCUGAGCCAAUCAGCACCGGGAUGCUCACACGCUGGGAAACAUCUGCAGAAACAUAAAAACCGCUGAGACGAAGCAGCUGCUGCACUCACUCUACGGCCUCACAAUCAGGACACAUCCAAGGCUUAUGUCAAAAUAGAGGCGGUCAGGCUUUGUUAGUGCUCAGAACUUGUCAAUCUGAGCUGCAACUUUGUAAUGAAGACAUAAAAGCGGCUCCUCCCCCGCGCUGGCGUGCUGGUGGUUUUACUCGCCGUUUUGGUCUUGGAUCAGGAGGAGUGAGCGUAAGGAGACUGAUGCUUCCCACGUCUCCAUCCCACAUACGUGAACUAACGCAGAGUAAGAGCAAUGUGUCACUGAAGCUUCCUACUUGGGGUCGGAGGGGAUUUAGGAAAAGUAAGAAAGGUGCAGGUUGAUAAAGAAACUGAAAUGUGGGCUGGAAGUGACGUCCUUUCCGACAGCAAAUGAACCUUAAAGAGCUCAUUAAAAUGUUCGUUAUGAACAUGAGAUGCCGGGGAGCUCUAAUCAGAUCAUAGUAGAACAGCGUAAGCAGCCAGAUGUUAUCCAGAGCACGGCCCUCAGUUUGUGCAGAGGAGACAGAAGCACCUUUCUAAAUCUAUCCGUUUCCUUAAGGCUUCUUUUUUUACUUGAUGGAAAGAAAAUGAAUCAGAAGUAAACCAAAAAUAUCUUUGAGCCAUUGUACAAAAGAAAAUGCUAAUUGGGGGAAAUAAAUCCUGUUUAUAUAAAA